CGAUGUAAACACCGGCAUGAUUCCUGCCCCACGUCAGCUAGUCGAGAAAAUUACCAACAGUCAUGUCAAAACACAGCGAAAUGAGAAGAAGAAACAAUCAAGACAGAACACACGAUCCAAAAAUUAAAACCAAUGAUUUUAAGCAUAAAUCAAAGUCUAAACAGUCUUUUACCAAGCCGUCAAAUCUCGCCACAAUUUUCCUGAUGGUAAUCGUUAUUUCGGGUAUAGGCUACUGGAGAUAUCAGACAAUGCUUAAAGAAGUGGUAAAAAUGCCUCUUGACGUUCAUAAAAUAAACCACGACAAUUCGACCAGUGCAACAGUAAAUCCUGAUCGUUUCUGGGGUUCGUACAGGCCAAAUUUGUAUUUUGGAAUGAAAACUCGUUCACCACAGUCCCCACUGUUUGGUUUUAUGUGGUUGACACAAUUUGCUCGUGAAAUGCCUCCUCCAGUGAGGCAUUGGUGCGACCAAGGAGAUAGUCUUCAGAAAUAUGGAUGGUUGAAACAUGAUGGAGUUAAUUUUGGUAUACAGGAAUUAGAAGAGAGAACAUACAAAAUAAGAACAGAGUUUGUGAAAAGAAUUGGUGGUCAACAUGGUGGUGAUUGGACAGCCAGAAUAUCAGUCACACCAAAGGGAUCCGCCAAAGAGACGGUCGUUUCCCUUAUGUUCUAUGUAGCCUUGGAUGGACAGGGAACCUUACAACAAGAAUUAAUCAAAAACCGACUUUCGGCAGUUACAGGAUCCUCCGAGGAAUUGGGAGACUUCAGUCUUUCGUUUUCAAAACAGAAAGGACCGAAUUCUGCGAAGUAUAAUCAUCUAAUUUCUCACGUUUCACGAUUAGACAAAAUUACCGAUUUAGUGAAAAAUGCUUUUCAAGUUAAAGCUUGGGACAAAGAGCAUACACUGCCAUUCUUCGCUUUAGGUGGACGACUGGUACCACGGGAGAGUCCAGGCGGUCCGAACAUCAUGGUCUACCAAGUUACUGUACAGCUCCCGUCUGAAAUAGAAAUUGUGUAUGAAUCUGGUAGCUUUGUAAACCGACCGAAUACUUUGUCAGGAGACAUCUUUCAGCAGGAAUUAACGAAAUAUUCAACUGCAUUUGAUAAGAGAUUUACUAAAACAUUUGCUUUGGAAGAAAAGGGUUAUAAUUCUGCCGAUAUUGACUUUGCGAAAGCAGCUAUGAGUAAUAUGAUUGGAGGCAUAGGGUAUUUUUACGGUUCUUCAGUGGUACAGUCUAGGUACAAUGACAAGCCAAUCGAGUAUUGGCCUGCCGCCUUGUAUACCGCCGUUCCAUCGCGUUCCUUCUUCCCUCGGGGAUUUUUAUGGGACGAAGGAUUCCACAAUUUAUUGAUAAGUCGAUGGGACAGUACAAUUUCGAAAGACAUCUUAUCACACUGGUUUGAUCUCAUAAAUAUAGAGGGAUGGAUACCGCGAGAACAGAUUUUAGGAGACGAGGCGCGAGCGAGAGUUCCUGUUGAGUUUGUGGUGCAACAUAAUGAGAAUGCAAAUCCACCAACUCUGUUCCUUCCACUUCAAAGACUAGUCAGUGAAAUGAAAGGAAGUACCGAUCCAAAAGACAGGCAUUUCUUAGAGAGUAUUUUUCCUCGUCUAAAAACUUGGUUUGAUUGGUACAAUUCCACUCAAAGAGGCUCUCAGCCAUUGACGUAUCGAUGGAGAGGAAGAGACUUCCAUCCAAAACAUGAGCUUAAUCCGAAAACGUUAACAUCUGGUCUUGAUGAUUUUCCUCGAGCCUCUCACCCAACAGUCGAUGAGAGGCAUGUGGAUCUUAGGUGUUGGAUUGCAUUAGCAUCCGGGAUACUUGCAGACAUUGCCGAUGCAGUCGGGAAAGAUAGUUCCGAAUACAAGGCAACUUACGCUGUUCUUUCCGAUAAUAAACUGUUACAAACUCUUCAUUGGUGGCCACAAAAGCAGCGAUUUGCUGAUUAUGGUUUACAUACUGAUAAAAUAUCACUAGUUAAACCAAAGCCGCCACCAAAUGUCCAUCCAAAUAAUUUGCCACCAAUGCAGAAAGAGAGAAUGGUCAAAGCAGAACCAACAUAUCAAUUUAUUAAUGCGUUUGGUUAUGUUAGUUUAUUUCCAUUCUUACUUAAAUUUGUAGAUCCAAAUUCUGUUCAGUUAUUCAAAACUCUUGGAGACUUGAAAAAUCCAGAUUUAUUAUGGACCAAUUUUGGAUUACGAUCACUUGCAAGGACCGCUCCUUUGUACAAUAGACACAACACAGAACAUGAUCCGCCAUAUUGGAGAGGUGCAAUAUGGAUAAAUAUGAACUACCUCACAUUAGGCGCACUUAACCAUUAUGCUAAAACUGAGGGACAAUAUCAAAAGUUAGCUAAUGGCAUUUAUACUGAACUGAGAAAUAAUGUGGUCAGCAAUAUAAUCAAAGAAUACAGAAGGACUGGUUAUAUUUGGGAACAGUAUGAUGAUAAAAGUGGAAAUGGAAAAGGCAGUCAUCCUUUCACGGGAUGGUCUGCACUCGUAGUGCUAAUAAUGGCUGAGGAAUAUUAGCCAUUUUUUUAAUAAUACAUUCUAGUCAAUUUACGAUCCAACAAAACUUGCUAUUUUUUCUUAUUUUAAAAGUAAAUUGAAUGUUAUCAAUAUGCAAUAUUUUUGGGACAUCAACAGGCAUAGCAUAUUGAUAGGUACAGUAAGUUUACAGAGCAGUGUGUUUUUGAGGAUUUUUUAAAAAAAGCUACAUGCAAAUACUGGUAGAUCUUAAAGUUUGAAAUGAUUGUUUCAUUCUUUGUAAGAAAAUGGGGGAAAGCACACAACAACUCAAGUUUGCUCAAAAUUGAUAAGUGUUACGGGAUCUUCACUUAACUCAGGGACCAAGUUGGAUGCAAGACAUCGUUUUAUCAUCUCCAUAUUAUGCCAUUUACGGAUUCUGUGUCUGAGGGGAGUUUGAACUUUCUGAUUUAUUUUAGCCGUCAAUAGAGAUUUUUGAGGGCUUCCGAAUUAGAAAAAAGCUUCGGAAACAGAAUCCCAAAAAGAUACUUCAUUGUCGUAAGGAAUCAUUUUGAAUUAAUUUACAUUCAUUCCAUGAGAUAUGAGCGCCAUAACUGUGUGAAUGUUUAUUGUAUGCUUAAGUUUAUUUAAUAUGAUCUGUUAAGCAUAACUUGGUGUCCCUCGUAAACUUUCCAUAGGUUUAGUAGAGUUUUGGACAAUGUUUAUUGUAUGCUUUAGUUUUUAUUAAAUAUGAUCUGUUUU